AUGGAUGACCCUCCCAUAGACCUUCACUUUGUUUUGUUCCCAUUGAUGGCUCAAGGUCAUCUGAUACCGAUGGUGGACCUUGCCCGGAUACUGGCCCAACGUGGUGCUAUGGUUACAAUAAUCACGAGUCCUGUUAAUGCAAACCGCUUUAAAUCAGUCAUUGGUCGUGCAAUUGAAGCUAAGCUCAACAUCCGAAUUCUUGAACUCCAACUCCCUUUAGCAGAAGUAGGUUUGCCUGACGGUUAUGAGAACUUUGACUUGCUUCCAUCACCUGCUGACGUACUAAAAAUGUACUCAGUAAUGCUUCUGUUAGAAGAGCCAGCUGAAAAGAUGCUCCGAGCUUUAUCUACCCCUCCGAGUUGCAUCAUCUCCGAUGGUCAUUUUCCCUGGACUAGUGAUUUAGCAAUGAGAUUCAAUAUUCCGAGGUUGGUUUUUUAUGGACCGGGCUGCUUUGCGUUUCUUUGUAUACAUAUAAUGACAAAUACGAACAUACUAGAUCAAAUUGACUCCGACUCAAAAUACUUUGUAAUACCUGGCUUGCCUGACGAGAUAGAAGUUACCAAACCACAGGCAUCAACUUGGGGAAAGGGGGACUCGGAAGAAACUACAGAUAUGUUUGAAAGAAUGCAAAUAGCCGAGAAAGCUUCAAGUGGGAUUGUGGUUAAUAGCUUUGAGGAGUUGGAACCCAAGUAUGUUGAAGAAUUUGCAAAGGCAAAAGAUAAAAGGGUUUGGUGUAUUGGCCCUGUUUCACUAUGCAACAAAAGCUUUCAAGAUAUAGCCGAGAGAGGAAAUAAGGUUGUGGUUAACAAGAAUGAUUGUUUAAAAUGGCUGGAUUCAAGGGAACCAGCGUCUGUAGUCUAUGUUUGCUUGGGAAGUCUAUGGUAUGCCUCCACAGAACAAGCCAUUGAGCUUGGGCUAGGAUUGGAGUUAUCAAACACCCCUUUCAUAUGGUUCGUUCGAGAGACAAGUGACGAACUUGAGAGAUGGCUUUUAGAGGAAGGAUAUGAAGAACGGAUAAAAGAUAAAGGCCUAAUGGUCCGUGGUUGGGCACCACAAAUCUUGAUACUGUCACAUCAAGCUAUUGGGGGUUUUGUAACACACUGUGGAUGGAACUCGACUCUUGAAGCGAUUUGUGCAGGGGUCACAAUGGUUACAUGGCCUCAUUUCGCAGAACAGUUUCUAAAUGAAAGAUUCAUCAUAGACGUGUUGAAGAUUGGAGUGAGAAUUGGCGCAGAAGUCCCGGUGAUGUAUGUAUUGCAAGAUAAGUCAGAAGUUACAAUAAAGAGACAAAAUGUCAAGAAAGCUGUGAAAAUUUUAAUGAAUAACGAUGAGGAAGGAGAAGCAAGAAGAAAUAGAGCCAAGGCAUUAAGCAUAAAGGCGAAGAGAUCAAUGGAGGAAGGGGGUUCCUCUUUCCUCAACAUGACACUGAUGAUCAAAGGUGUCACAGAAGAAGUGGCCAAAAAUACCAACUCAAUCCAAGAUGUCUACCCAAUAUAAGUACU